AUGGUCCUUUUCAGUACCACUACCUAUGUGUAUACCGACAACAAUCAGUACAAUACUUACUAUCAGUAUUCCGGAAAUGUGCACUCUCCCAGUCAAUCCUACAUGAUCCAUGGCCAUGGAUCCCAAUCACCUGUAUCCGUUGAGGAGGACAACGCGGCAGGACUGGGAGCUGCUACAAGAGCUUCUCCAGCUACUGUAAGUGCUUACGUACCAUGCGCAGUGGCGGUAGUGAGCGCAACGAUGAUAAUUAGUCGGCACUUUUAG